AUGGAGCUGGCGGGCACCAGACCUGGGGCGACAGAGCAUCCCCGGCUCCGGACGCCCAUGUCCUGGCUGCUGCUGCUUUUCCUGCUGCUACUGCUGCUGCCGGGCCCAGCGGCCUCCCAGCUGCGAUACUCGGUGCCGGAGGAGCAGACACCUGGCGCGCUUGUGGGCAACGUGGCUCGCGCACUGGGGCUGGAGCUGCGGCGCUUGGGGCCGGGCUGCCUGCGUAUCAACCACCUGGGUGCGCCCAGCCCGCGCUACCUGGAGCUGGACCUGACCAGUGGAGCUCUCUUCGUCAACGAGCGCAUUGACCGGGAGGCGCUGUGUGAGCAGCGGCCUCGCUGCCUGCUCAGCCUGGAAGUGCUGGCGCACAGCCCCGUGGCGGUGAGUGCCGUGGAGGUGGAGGUACUGGACAUCAACGACAACUCGCCGCGCUUUCCGCGGCCCGACUACCAGCUUCAGGUAAGCGAAUCGGUGGCACCUGGAGCGCGCUUUCACAUAGAGAGCGCGCAGGACCCCGACGUGGGCACCAACUCGGUGCAGACCUACGAGCUCAGCCCCAGCGAGCACUUCGAGCUGGACCUGAAACCCCUGCAGGAGAACAGUAAGGUGCUGGAGCUGGUGCUGCGUAAGGGCCUAGACCGCGAGCAGGCAGUCUUGCACCACCUGGUUCUCACAGCUGUGGACGGGGGCAGCCCAGCCCGCUCAGGCACCGCGCAGAUCUCUGUGCUUGUCCUGGACACUAACGACAAUUCUCCCGCCUUCGACCAGUCCACUUACCGUGUCCAGCUUCGGGAGGACGCGCCCCCAGGCACAUUGGUGGUGAGGCUGAAUGCCUCAGACCCGGAUGAGGGCUCCAAUGGUGAGCUCACGUACUCCUUGAGCAGCUACACGUCGGACCGGGAGAGGCAGCUCUUCAGCAUCGAUGCCAGCACGGGGGAAGUGCGGGUAAGUGGAGAGCUGGAUUAUGAGGAGGCCUCUUCCUACCAGAUCUAUGUGCAGGCAACAGACCGGGGUCCAGUGCCCAUGGUGGGUCACUGCAAGGUGCUGGUGGACAUCGUGGACGUGAAUGAUAACGCCCCAGAGGUGGUGCUCACGGACCUGUACAGCCCAGUGCCUGAAGAUGCUGCCCCCAACACCGUUGUGGCCCUUCUCAGUGUCAAUGACCAAGAUUCAGGUCCCAACCGGAAAGUGAGCCUGGGCCUGGAGGCCACUCUUCCUUUCCGACUGAAUGGCUUUGGAAACUCCUACACACUGGUGGUGAAUGGCCCCCUGGACAGGGAGCAGGUGGCUGCCUACAACAUCACAGUGACAGCCACUGAUGGGGGAGUACCUCAGCUCACAUCCCAGCAGACACUGCAGGUUGAGAUCUCUGACAUCAAUGACAAUGCACCCAGCUUCCUGAAGGAUUCCUACUCCAUUUACAUCGAGGAGAACAAUUUGCCAGGGGUGCUGCUCUGCACUGUGCAAGCCACAGACCCAGAUGAAAAGGAGAAUUCGGAGGUGACCUACUCCCUCCUGGAGAGGGAGAUUCAAGGGCUGCCAGUCACCUCCUAUGUCUCCAUUAACAGUGCCAGUGGCAGCCUUUAUGCUGUCAACUCCUUUGAUUAUGAGAAGUUUCGGGAGUUCUUGGUGACUGUGGAGGCCCGGGACAAGGGGAGCCCACCACUGAGCAGCACUGUCACCACCAACGUGUAUGUAGUGGACGUGAAUGACCAUGCCCCUCACAUCCUAUACCCUACCUCAACCAAUUCGUCAGCAGCCGUUGAAAUGGUGCCUCGAACUGCCCCUGCUGGCUACCUGGUCACUAAAGUCAUAGCCAUGGACUCAGACUCUGGGCAGAAUGCUUGGCUCUUUUACCACCUGGCCCAGAUUUCUGACCUGGACCUCUUUAAAGUAGAGCUACAUACAGGAGAAAUUAGGACUACCAGGAAGAUGGGAGAUGAGAGUGGAACCACUUUCAACCUGACCGUGGUGGUCCGAGACAAUGGAGAGCCAUCGCUGUCAGCCUCUGUGGCCAUUACAGUAGCUGUAGUGGAUAGGGUUUCCAAAAUCCUCCCUGACACUCAGAGACAUGUGAGACGUCCUCGGACAUACUCUGAAAUUACACUGUAUCUAAUAAUAGCAUUAAGCACAGUGUCUUUUAUAUUUCUUUUGACAAUCAUUGUUUUGAGCAUCAUCAAGUGCUACCGCUACACUGCUUAUGGCACUGCGUGCUGUGGAGGCUUCUGUGGAGUGAGGGAGAGGUGCCCUGCAGAACUCUACAAACAGGCCAACAACAAUAUUGAUGCCAGGCUACCACACGGCCUCAAAGUGCAGCCUCACUUCAUUGAAGUGCGAGGGAAUGGCUCCCUCACCAAGACCUACUGCUACAAGGCCUGUCUGACAGCAGGCUCAGGGAGUGACACUUUCAUGUUUUACAACACGGGGGCGCAGACAGGACUGGGCCCUGGGGGAGCCCAAGCAGCAGCAGGUGACAGCAGGCACCUCACAGGCCAAAGUGGGCAGAGUGCUGGGAACCUGAUUAUUCUAAAAAAUGAAGCUGUUUCUCAAAAUGAGCCCCGACAACCCAACCCUGACUGGCGUUACUCUGCCUCCCUGAGAGCAGGAAUGCACAGCUCUGUGCACCUGGAAGAGGCUGGCAUUCUACGAGCUGGUCCAGGAGGGCCUGAUCAGCAGUGGCCAACAGUAUCCAGUGCGACACCAGAACCAGAGGCAGGAGAGGUGUCCCCUCCAGUCGGUGCUGGUGUCAACAGCAACAGCUGGACCUUUAAAUACGGACCAGGCAACCCCAAACAAUCUGGUCCCGGUGAGUUGCCAGACAAAUUCAUUAUCCCAGGAUCUCCUGCAAUCAUCUCCAUCCGGCAGGAGCCUACUAACAGCCAAAUUGACAAAAGUGACUUCAUAACCUUCGGCAAAAAGGAGGAGACCAAGAAAAAGAAGAAAAAGAAGAAGGGUAACAAGACCCAGGAGAAAAAAGAGAAAGGGAACAGCACGACUGACAACAGUGACCAGUGA